AAAGUUUUGACCGCCAUAUUCGAUUUGUUCUAUUAAGUGAAUAAUUGGUGUUUUUCGGACGUUUAACCGGGAAAUUUGAUACAAUUAGCGUUUAUUGUUCAAGUGAAAUGUGUUGUGGAUGAUAAUAUGCGAGGGUUUUGUUAAAUUUUGAUUAUUUGGACAGUUUGGAGUCGCAGACAUUGAUAAAACGUCUCUGUUUUCUCGUAGUGCGAAAGUGACUCAAAUGUGAUACAAGUUCGCGUUUUGAAAACUUAUUGACUGUAUGAAGUGCAGACAUGCCCUAGGAAAUAACAGACAUGCUUGUAGUGCUGUUGUGCUGCAUGAUGAAAAUCGUUGAGUUUUCCACAGGCAAGCCUGUGGGAAAGCCCCGAGUUCGAAGACGGAGGAAAUAUGUGAGGAGGAAAGGCAAGACAAUGAACGAGGUGGGGAGUCUGGGUAUUCGAGGGCUUGCUGUCAGCCCAGACUCUGACUGCAACAGCAACCACCACGGCUCAGCAAGUUACCUCAGCAAUACGUCUUCCCAAGAUAUAGAUUUCAUUCAAGAUAACUCUGAUUACCAAUGGUUUCUAGACUAUGGCUAUCGGGAUGGCGGAACCAAUCAUCACACGAGUAUUCUGUCACUUCCCGAGUCGUACGAAGCCAACGAUAUGAAUUAUUAUGACGCUCUGGCAAAGAACAUGGACGCGAAUUUGGCAGAAGCCGAUAUGGAGAGUUUUCGGACGGAGGAUAUUCACGCACUUUUGACUAACUUACCGCCAAUGUGCACCGACCAUUUGAGUCAAGAAAAUAAUCGGCAAGGAGAGAGUUAUGCAAGUGUCUCGGGUUCAAUGAUGGCAAAAUUUGAUUUCGACAGCUCGUUAAGUCCUCAUAGUAGUUCACACGGUGAAGAUUCGGCAAAUUCAACAUCAAUGUCAAUUUACAAAUCAGAAUUACUCUUUAGUCCAGUCAAAGAAACACCAAUGCCUGGCGCUAAUUUCAGUGUUGAUUCCCUUGAUUGUGACAUGAUGUUAACUUGUCAAGCCAACAAAGACAACUACACCAUUGCCUUUGAAGGCUCCACAUUGUAUUCGGAAGAUAGUGACUACCAUGAUGAUAAGAGCGAGAAUUCCGGUAUGGGAACUCAUUGGGUUAAGAAACCAACAAACAAUUGCAAAUUGACCGAAGCUUCAAUGACUCAGUCCGAUUCAAGUAGUUUCACCACUUGGAGCAAGUUGAAGAAAAGAAGUAGUGAUAACCAGUUAAGGCGUCACCCUUCUGGUAAUAACAACAACUCAGGAGACGAAACUAGUCUAACGGAAAACUCGGCCAAAAGCCAAAGUAUGCCCAAUUUGUACAAAAAGAAGUUGAAUUACCUCAAAAACCACAAUUUUGUUUCGACCGAAACCAUUCGCCGAAAACCGGUCAAAGUGUUUGAUAUUCAGCACCAAAGCAGUAGCGUAUCAGACAUGGCGACGUCCAUCGAUGCAAGUACAAGUGAAACCACAACAAACAAACAUCAACACAACUUCAGUCUUGUUAAACUCUUCAUGAAGCAAAAAAGUAUGAGUACGGAAGGUAUGUCAACAACAAUGGAUCAGUUAUCAUCGACGGAAAACUGGCCAGGAAGUCAAUCAGGUGAAAGCAAUUCCUCCGACUCGAAACCAGAACUUGACCAAAAAACGAACGAAAGUAGCGUCAGGACUUACGAUUUAAUCGCGGAAGAACCAGAAGAGGAAGUUUCACGAAGCGAAUCAGUCGAGCAAUUAUCGGAAAGUAUAUCGAAAAUUGACUACAGUGAUGAGAACGUUAACAACAACAAUACCCUCAAACACGAGUUGAUGAAUCAAAGCAUUCAAACGUCACAGUUUUCCGAAAUUACCAACUUGAAAAAUAUUGCUAAACCUGCCACAAAACCGGUGAAAAUCGUCGAACCUUCGUUCCUCAACAAACUCAAACAAGAGGGUGAGGUGCAAAAACCAGUCUAUGUCCUGUACCCCAACUACGUUCUACCGAAUUUAGACUUUUUGAACAAACAGGACGAUAUGACUAAAGUUCUACUGAUUCCGCAAGAACCAAAUUUGAAAACUGUCAACAAGCGGCGACCGUUUAGUUGUACGGACUUGGAAAUGUUGAAGAAGAAAGGUUUCAGUCAUGUGAAAGACUGGGAUUCUUUAAAUUUCCUUCUUCCACAAGAGUACCGCAAAAUUUUGGCUGAAGUACCCGAAAUUUCCGAAAAUAUUAAAAAAUCUCGGAAACGUCGGCCGUUUAGUUGCGAUUAUUCCAGUUCUAGUUCUAGUACUGCGACGCAACCUAGUAGCGGUUAUCGGGGGUCUUCGACCAUGUUGAGUGAUUCCCAGAAUAGUCCUGCCACAAAUUUGAAUCCCCUUUUUGUCUAUCGUUAUGACAGCGUAACAAGUUCGGAAGCAAGUCUUUUGAAUAGUGGUCAAAGGUCAAUAAUGACCGCUCCACCACUUCCCGUACGUUGUGUGAGUCUCCAACAAGGCGAAGUACCACCACGUCCACCGCUCCCUAAAGGAAUUUUGCGAAAAGUUGAUGCAAAAAGGUUCAGUUUGUACGAAACAAGCGAGGAAGAUUUGACUGAAGAAGGAAUGUAUCGGAGAAAUAUUUUGCGGAAGAAACGGUUCAGUGAGACUGAAGAUGAAGGUGUCGAUGCUGGAACAUCGAGUAGUAGUGUGGACGAGCACCACGAACCUCCCAAAACAGAUUUCCUUCUCUCAAACAUAAGUACCGAUGAACUGGUCCAAUUGGAGGAGUUUCUAAAGAUAAGCGGAAUCUCAACGUCCGAUAACGAAGAAAUGACCGACGAAAGUCUAAUGCAGUUGCGUUCGUACGUCGGCAAAUUCCUCUCCUUGAAGAUCAAUCAAGACGGUCCUGGGAAAAAAACCGUAAGUUUCGCCGAAAAAGUCAACGUUUUGCCCAAACAAUUCACAGCCCCAAACAACUCACCCAAUGUUUCGAAAAACUACUUUGGGAAAAACCUCGCCGAAAUGCCCAUCUGUGAAGAGAGCGAAAAUAGUAACUACAGUCCGGUCCAUAAACCAAAUUUGGUGGAAAAACGCAGUUUAGUGAACGCUGUAACCGAUUCUGUCGAACAGCUCAUCAAUCACUUUUCGUCGGCUUGUAACCAAUCUGAAUUGAACACUUUGGGCGAUUCUGGAGCCACUCCAAAUUUGGCAAAGUUGGCACUUUCGACACUGUGUCCUGCACUUUACGCUGUAUUGAGUGAUGGUUUGAAACCAAGCCUUGAGAGCAGUUUCGGUGCAAUUAACAAUUCCGUUUGGCAAGUGGUGGAAGCUUCAGCUCAGCAAGGACCGCUCACUAAAGCUUUGAACGAACUGGUGAUGCGGAUUAAUAGUGAGGAUGCAAUAACGGAAGGUUUGGUUAAGUUCAAUGCUUUCGUGUUCGGUUUACUUAACGUGCGUUCGUUGGACGCGUGGGUGAGUUACCUAAAAACGAGGGAAAGCAUCUUGAGGAAACACUACAAUAAGGAUUCGUUGAUUAUGGCACAUGUUGGUGGUUUGACUUUACGGACGUUACUCGAUUCGCUCAUUUCUGCCCUGCAACCUUUGGCGUUGCUCCCGUUCCAGUUGGAUCUUUUGUUUGAGUACCGCCAGUUGCAUUUGAGUUUCAAACGUUUGGAGCAGUUGAGCCCAACUCAUAAAAACCGGACUUCGUCAAGUUCCGACGAUGUGUCCGUCGUGACGGUGAUUCCCGAUCUUUUGAGUUCGUCCAAAAAGAAAGAACGUCCAAGGUCGUGUGUCGAGUCCGGUAGUCUCCCUAAACCAAACUUCAAGCUUGGUGAUGUUACAACAGCUGCGAAAAAACGCUGGUCGGGGAUUUCCUCAAAUUCGAAACUUUACCUAGUUUACGAUCGACUGGCACGUGAAGAUGAAGAAGAGUAUACUGAUAGUCUUGAAAAUCAAACAAAACCGGACGAUGGGGAACCACCUGAAUCACUCGACUCGAACAUUUCCGACGAUAAACCGAUCAACGGCCGACGUUUCAAAAAGUUGCAACAGAAGUGGGAGAUGUUAAGUGGGCGUGAAUCUAACCCCUCCCCUCCGUCAUCGCCCACCAAUAACAAAUCGAAGAUCCCUCGUCCCAUUACUUCCCCAAUUAAACCGUCGGGGAUUCCCAUCCUGAUUUCACCAUCAGGUAAGAGUCAAAAAACUCCGAAGAAGAAUCUAGUCCAGGCAAAGCCACCCCCAAAACCCAAGAAAACUACUAGUGUGAGGACGAGUAGAGUGGAUCAAGUCGAGAGUGAGACACCAAGACAUGUCCCAAGACCCAGUAGUUUGCCUUAUAAGGCCAUGACGGCGCAGAAAGUGGCAAAGGUUACGCCGCCACGAAGGGCAGCAUCGAGUUCGUUAAGUAGGAAACCGGUGGGGAAAAGUAACGUACCAAAGGUCGUGAGGACUCUAUCUCACCGCGUCCCUUCCGAAAGCGGGCACUUGUCGUAUAACGAGGGUGAGAGACUCAAGGUUGUGUUAGAAGUGGACGACAAAUGGUUACUCUGUUGCCGCGGAUCUCAGAAAGGUCUCGUCCCGAAAUCAGCAGUGAUAUCAGCCGACAGUCGUUUCUGAAAUUCCCUACAAUUGUAAAUAUACGUAGUGUUUUUUCAGUUGUACAUUUUUAUACAGACUGGAUUUGUGAUUUUAGUAUAUUUUAAGUCAAGACACGUAUAUUAUUAUUGUUAAAAAAAGUAUUAAUCAUAUUGUUGCUUGUUGUAACAGCAAAUUUGAUAUUAUUUAUUAUUGCUUGUAGGAUUUGUCAUUAUGUACUUAAUAGGGGCGCGACUCAAUUGUUAAAUCUUGCACGUCAUGAAAUUUUUGCACAUAUCUUAGGUGGUUGGUUGGGUUCUUGUUUGCUCUUCAUUUUUUGGUGCUGUUUUAUUGUUUUUAACACUCACACCUUCGCACCGUUCCUUGCAUGCUAACAUGUGAUUCCCCCAAUUUUGCAGUACCUACUAAAAUUGGCAUCACUGCGAGCUAAUUUAGCUCAAAAGUGAUAAUUUUGCACUCGCUUCGUUCGAUUCUAGUCUUUAAAGCACCACAGCAUGAGUGGUCCGAGUAUUUUCGACAAUACCUCCAGGAUUCAACCCAGCUCAUCUCUAAUUGAUCACUUUGUGACGUGCAAGAAAGCCGUUUCGUUUCCUUUUUGCUUCUGUAAUGUGUUGCUAGAUGUAAUAGUGUAGUUUGAAAAAUCAAAGUUUGUGAACGGGGCCUUGAGGGAUUUUUCUGGUCCUAGUUUUCGUAUGCUUGCUUUAUUUGCGUCCACUAUGUGUAUAUAUUGAACCGAACGCUUUUGUGAUGUAUAUAAUGUUACCAAAGGAUCGAACGAUCGAUCGAUUUCAGCGAUAUUCUAAGUUUCUUUUUUCAUUUUUUUGGGAACAAUUUUUGUGUUGUAACCUCACCAUAGGUGCCAUAAACACCCGUUUUGUUUUGUAUUUUCAUUGAUUUUUGUCGAAAUUGUAGCUAGAGACUAUGGAAAUAGUGUAGGGAUUAAAAUCAUGUAACUCAGUCAUAAUAAAUGAAUUAUAAUACA